CUCCGGGGUCGCCCGUCAAGGCUAGAAUCCUUCAGGAUGCCUCGAAUGAGAUGUUCAGUUUACAGUGCUGACACAUGGCGUUCACGCCUGAGACAGCAAUCCUGCUAUAUAUCAGAUCUGACAAUGUCGAUCCCAAGGCUGUGUUGUCGUUAUAUUUGCUUCAAUACACUCAUAUUCCUUCCGCUCACCUCACUAACCAAUGUGAAGUUCAGUUCCUAUCGCUGUUUAUCUACAUUCCGGUAAGAUGGACUCUUCGAAGCUCCGAGCAGCCUGUGAUCGAUGCCACCAACUCAAGAAUCGCUGUGCACGGUCUGGAGGACUAGACAGCCGAUGCGAUCGAUGCGAGAGACUCGAUAUCGACUGUGUGUUUGGAACGAAUCUACGGAUGGGCCGUCCAAGAGGCCAACGAUCAAGAGCUGCAAAGAAAAGUCAAGCAGUACGAGCUCCCAGUUCUCCAAGCCAUUCUCGACGAUCUUCAUCCCGGGCUUCGUCCAAAAUACCGGGGAAAGAAAAGGAUUACGAGUCAUUGGACACACCUGGGCUGGAUGGAGAUGGAUCAACAGUUGGAGCAACACCACGGCUGUGGGAGGAUACAUUGUCUGAUGGGGCUCAAGGCAUUGAUCUUGACAUGCUGCUGCCAGAAGGUUCGCCGUCUGUUCCUGCCUCAAACCACAACUCGGAAUGGGAUUUCGACUUUCUAGCAUUCCCCCAACCGCUGCAUAUGAACGGCAACUAUCAUGAUAGUUCCCCAAACAAUACCCAUCUGGGAUGCGCGUCAGAAGAGAGAUAUUUGGGAUGUCAUGAGCUCUUGACUGCAAGCAAGAUUCCAUUCGAGCCACAAACAAGAGAUAUACAGUCGCGCCGUGGACCGACAACCGGGAGAUUACUAGAGCUACAGACCCAGCUACACCGAUUGAUGUGUGCACAAACCCCUGGAAACCAUGAGGGCAUUCAUGUUGAGUCCAAUAAUAUUCAACCGCACCCCCAUCCUCCCCUGGAUGAAGUACUGGGCGCGAUGAACAGCCUUCUGGAGAUGCUAAAAGAUGACAACAUGGAGACGCUAUACGAGAACAAGACACAACGACCGGAAUGUCCAGACUAUCUGAGUAUCCUGCAUGCACUCACGUGCUAUACGUAUCUCAUGGAGAUUCUGGAGCCUAUCGUUUCAUCUUUGGCCAGUCAGAUUGAAGGACGAGUCAAUCUGAUGCCUGCACCCUCAGAGCCGGCGGAUGACAGACGAUCAGCACUAACACUAGGAAGUUUCAGCCUUGCAUCGCAGCCAACAUUGAAUGCGCAUUUGGUGUUGCAUAUCGUCUUUAAGAUGGUCCAACGACUACACGGUUGUCUCCAAUCAAUGGCAUUUGCACAUCGAAGCCCUCUGAAUGAUGGGAUUUACUCUAGUACGCCAACAAGUAUUGCAGCUCAUUCUCUGCUGCGAGUAAUUGAAAAAAAAGACAUGUUACUACUAGAUAAGUUGCGAUAUGUGACAGAUGGGAGGUAUGUCUGACUAGAUCAUAAUCUUCAUUAUAGUUAAUACAAUCAUCGUAUCCAUCUGUAGUGUGACUGUAUCGAGUGCAACUGUUGGGAAUGUCUUUAUAUGACGCUGACAGCCUUGUCUGACAGACUAAUGUAGAUACGGGGUUACAUCCAAUAUAAAUAGCCAUCAAAAGUCGCCGGUCGAGUGCCGCCGGGAAAGUCUUUAGUCUCUCCAUAUCUGAAACAAUUCGAUCAUCUCUCCACAUCUACUGUCUGUCAGGAACUACGACGCACAUCACACAAUGACACCCCUUCCAGCAGUAAGUGAUCGUGCUCUUUGAAUAGCUUCAUCAUGCUGAUACCAUCUAGAUCCUUUGCCUUCAUGGCCACGGCACCAACGCUGCCAUUUUCCACCUGCAGGCUCGUCGAAUCG